AUGUCCAAGACCGAGUCCCAGAUCGAGAAGUUCCUCAGCAAGGCGUCGACCGUCCUCGCGACCCAGCAGGGCCUCGACGCCGGCCUCCACCUCAUGGCCUACUCGAGCCCUCUCGUCGCCGCUGCCAUGCUCAAGAUUGUCCAGAAGCGCGCCCAGCACGGCGUCAAGAGCCCCACCCUCAUCAACUCGGCCGCCGGUGUCGUUCGUGCCGGUACCGCCGUCGGCGAGGCGAGGACGAUCAUGCGUGCUUUCGGUCUUGUGCCCAUGAUCGACUGGCUGCUGAAGCUGCACCCUCGUCCUCUUGACGCCCUGCUCUCGCUGAUCCGCCGUCCCCUGCAGGCGCUCAACCUCGGCGACGCGCGCGUGUUCAGCACCUACCGCGUGCUCCUCCUCAUCGUCUUCUACGUCGGCGAGCACCUCUCCUGGCUCGGCAACAAGGGCGUCCUCCCCCUUGCGCCCGAGACGAUCGGCCGCGUCGCCACCAUCUCGAUCCGCUCCUGGGCGAUCGACGUCUUCCUCACCGCCGUCAAGCUGCUCACGCAGUACUCGUCGCUCCGCGCGCGCAAGGCCGAGCUCAAGCGCCUCCGCGCCACCGGCGGCGGCGACAAGGAGAAGAUUGCCGAGAAGGCCCAGGCCCUCCAGCAGGAGUACAAGACGUGGCAGACCCAGGCCGCCGUUACCUUUGGCUGGCUCCCGCUCACCUGGCAGUGGAGCUCGGGCGGCGCCCUCUGGACCAACCCCCUCAUCACCUCUGUCAUUGGCCUGUACGUCGGUUGCGCCAAGGUCAACGCGGCUUGGAACAAGUAA